UUAGGGGAAGGAGGGGAGGGAGGAGAAGUUUCCUGUGUGUGUGGAGAGAGGAGCAGGAGUGAGGACGCUGGUGCUGGGCUUGUUUUUCACUCAUCAGCUGCUUGUUUUUAUUUUAGAGUUGGCAACAUUGGACACAACACAUUUCAGUGGAGGAGGCGGCGGGAGAGGAGGUGACGGUGACCGGCAGUGAGAUAACAUAAAGAGCUGGAGUCCCACUAAGAAUAGAAUACAAGGCUGCGGAAAGAGACGGUGUGGAAAGGCUCCUUGUUCCCUGAUCUAGCCAACUAAAGAUAUAAUUUCUUCUUAAGCCUUCUUAAGAAACUAUUUUCAUUUUAUGGAUAGAAGUUUUUAUCCAUUACAUGAUGAGUCUCACAGGAGAGAAACCACAUCUGUGCUCUGAGUGUGACAGAAGCUUUACAUAUAUAUCACAUCUUAUCAGACAUCAGAGGAUUCACACAGGAGAGAGACCGCAUCUGUGCUCUGAGUGUGACAGAAGCUUUACAUGUAAAUCAGAUCUUCUCAUACAUCAGAGGAGUCACACAGGAGAGAAACCACAUCUAUGCUCUGAGUGUGACAGAAGCUUUACAUAUAAAUCAAAACUUAUCAUACAUCAGAGGAGUCACACAGGAGAGAAACCAUUUAUUUGUUCUGAAUGCAGCAAGUGUUUUUCCCUGAAGUCAUAUCUUGUUAUACAUCAGAGGAGUCACACAGGAGAGAAACCAUUUACAUGUUCUGAAUGCAGCAAGUGUUUUUCCGGGAAGUCGCAUCUUGUUAUGCAUCAGAGGAGUCACACAGGAGAGAAACCACAUCUGUGCUCUGAGUGUGACAGAAGCUUUACAUGUAAAUCACAUCUUGUUACACAUCAGAGGAGUCACACAGGAGAGAAACCACAUCUGUGCUCUGAGUGUGACAGAAGCUUUACAUGUAAAUCACAUCUUAUCAUACAUCAGAGGAGUCACACAGGAGAGAAACCACAUCUGUGCUCUGAGUGUGACAGAAGCUUUACAUGUAAAUCACAUCUUAUCAUGCAUCAGAGGAGUCACACAGGAGAGAGACCUUUUGAAUGUUCUGAAUGCAGCAAGUGUUUUUCCCAGAAGGCACAUCUUGUUAUACAUCAGAGAGUUCACACAGGAGAAAAACCAUUUGAAUGUUCUGAAUGUAGCAAGUGUUUUUCCCUGAAGUCCUAUCUUGUUAUACAUCAGUGGAUUCACAGAGUAGAGAAACCAUUUGAUUGUUCUGAAUGUAGCAAGUGUUUUUCCCAGAAGUCAGAGCUUGUUAUACAUCAGAGGAGUCACACAGGAGAAAACCCAAUUAUAUGUCCUGAAUGUAGCAAAUGUUUUACCAGGAAGUCAUAUCUUGUUAUACAUCAGAGGAGUCACACAGGAGAGAAAACAUUUAAAUGUUCUGAAUGCAGCAAGUGUUUUUCCCAUAAGUCACAUCUUGUUACACAUCAGAGGAGUCACACAGGAGAGAAACCAUUUAAAUGUUCUGAAUGCAGCAAGUGUUUUUCCCGGAAGUCAUCUCUUGUUAUACAUCAGAGGAGUCACACAGGAGAGAAACCAUUUAAAUGUUCUGAAUGCAGCAAGUGUUUUUCCCAGAAGUCAUUUCUUAUUAGACAUCGGAGGAGUCACACAGGAGAGAAACCAUUUACAUGUUCUGAAUGUAGCAAGUGUUUUACUAGAAAGAAAACACUCAGUAAUCACAUGCAGAGUCACUCUGAGGGCCUGAAUGCAGCAAGUGUAUCAUAAGUAAUGUAACUUAUCACAACUAUAUGAAUUCAAUGGAGCCAAUAUUUAUUUUCUGAAUGUGAUGAGUGUUUUAUAUAAAUCAGUCUUGAUAAAGACAGGAGAGGUCAGACAAGUGGACCUGGAGGUACUUUUCCCCUUGGGAAGGUCUCUGUGUUAGGAACUAGAGCUGCAGUAUAACAAUAGCCAAUGACCAUGGGACUGCCAUUACUCAGCUCUGUAAUAUACAGCUGUUCUGUUCAUGCAGGUGCUGGGACUAGUAGAGACUUCCAGCAGCUCCUCUCAGUACUGGGAUUCCUUCUCUGACCAGCAGGGCUAUGAGUGCUGGGUAUUUCUACAGGAACAAUGUAUGCUGCUCUGUUUCACCGUAUGGGUUAUUGUAUGGGGUGUUAUUUUUAACCACUUUUUAGAUGCCAUUUUGUCCAUGUUUAACUCCAUUUUGUAUAUGUUUGACCUCAUUGCUUUAUAUACUGUACAUACUUUUUAUUAGGAUUAGUGCUUUGCAGACAUAUAGGCACCAGUUAGAAAUAUAGUGUCACGUUAAGUUACAAGUUUUCUUUCACCUUUGACAUAGUGUGAAAGACAUAGUGAGUGGGAAGUGUAUACAGCUUUUAGGAUGGCUGAUUAUAAUAAAUACUGUAUGUUCCUGUUAUCAGUAUCUCAGAUGGAAACUGUCUAGUAAGAUGUUUGGGGUAUUGUGUACAUAAGUAGGGGAAAGGGUACAGUUGUCUAGAAUAACAUAUAUUAUGUUAUCCUGAAUGACUACUGCACCCAGCGUCACAGACCCUGAAUGUAAUAUCUGGUAAGACAAUGUUAGCGUAUCCUUGCGGGGUUAUAAAGCCUAGAGACUUACACAUAGCAAGUAGUUCUGAUGGAAGCUAGGUCUGGCUGCAGCGGACCUAGACUUCUACAAACCCCCUCCAGCUUGUAACUUGCGGCAAAGUUAUUAGGCGGGACCCUAGAGAAUGACUGAACUACAUUAUUUAAACUACUUAAUCGAUGACCAUCAUCUGGGACAGAUCUUAUAACAUCUGGGAUAAGAGCUGAGUGUUCUAAUUUGUUCUUGUUAUUAUUGUAACUGACUAGAACUUGUUACUUGCAUGUUUUCAUUAUUGUAACUUUGAUUAAUGAUUAUCCUUUUUACUA